AUGUCGUACUACCUAACGUUGAUAGGCACACGCGACAAUCCGCUAUACGAGACGGAGAUCACGCCUAAGACCGCCGCGUCCUCAUCCUCAGCUGCAUCGACGAGCAGCGGCUACUUUUCGUCUUCCAGCAAUGCUGCGGCUGGCAGCAGUGCAGCGUCGGAAGCAGGCUCGAGCAGUGGAGGAGGCAUGUUUGGUGGGCUGCUCUCGCGCAUUCCGACAACAACGAGCGCGCUUACAUCGAGCGGGGCAAGUACGGCAAGUACGUCUGGCGGAGGUAGUGCAGCAGCAGCGGCGGUGAGGAGGAAACAGAGGUACGAGCUCCAGAUGAUCGCCCACUCGGCACUGGACACCAUCGAGGAUGCACUGGUCACCAGUCCAUAUUUGUACCUCAAGAGCAUCGACAGGAUACAAGAAUACACCACAAGCUGUUUCGUGCUGCCAGGCAACAUCAAGAUGGUCCUGCUGCACGAACACAAGCACGAAGAUGGGAUCAAAAACUUCUUCCUCGACGUAUGGGAGGCGUAUCUCAAGGUAUCACUGAACCCGUUUCAAGAUGCGAACGCACCCAUCGAGAACGCUGCCUUCGACGCCCGAGUCCGCGCAGCUGCAAAGAAGUUUCUCUAA